CUGACGACAACAGUCCGACACUCAAGCAGACAGACAGGAGCAGUAACCUGAGAUAACCCUCUACUGAGUGUAAGAUGGUCACGGCUGAGUUGUCUCGCCUGAUGCUGUCUCGACCGUCGCGUAGCUGUGUGACGUCCUCCCUUUUUUUGUCGUCACCUUAUUUUGACGUCACAUCACCUUACGUCAUUUGCUCAAGGAACUUCACAAGUGACAUCCGGACCUCUAGACAGCAAACAACUUUUGUGCAAGUUUCUUUAUACUUCGUAGCCACUACGACAGUGUUUCCAGAGUUAAACACACCGCCAUCUGUACCUGGCGGUAAAUAAAACUUUCACACGCUGACAUAUUUAUUGAAUACGGCUUAUCUCCACCUUGAGACAAAGCGAGAUGUUUUUGUAAUAUAUUUGUUAGGGUUAGUCAGUCAACAAGCAAACACUUCUUUGUGUCAAGGAAGGUCACAACCGUCCACGUGCUCUCCACUCACGAACACAAUGAGCAAGCGACUCAAAGCUCUCAAAUGCAGGAUCGCCGCCGUCGUCACGUGUUUUGUUGCCAUAUUUCUUGUGAUCAGCACUACACCCACCAACAGGACACGGAGAAUAGCUUUACAGUCUUACAGUCAUCGGUCACAUGACCUGCUCAGUACAACAACACCCCCAACGCCGUCUGCCCCCAAGGCCUACGUCAUCACCCCCACGUACCAACGGCCGACGCAAGAAGCCGACUUGCUACGUCUGUGUUACACCCUCAUGCAAGCGCCGCACGUCAGGUGGAUCAUCGUCGAGGACAGCGACGACAAAACAGAGCUGGUACAGAGGAUAGCAGACGAGUGUAAGGUGCCUGACAUCACACAUCUGGCGGCGAGAACGCGGCUUUUAGCAAAUGAGUCUCAUCGAGGUGUGACUCAGCGCAACACGGGGCUGGCGUGGGUCCGCCACAAUGUCCUGCCCUCGUCACGUGCAGGGGGCGUGUACUUCGCUGAUGACGACAACACCUACGACCUGAGAGUUUUUGAUGUGGUUCGAAACACGACCAAGAUAAGCGUAUGGAAGGUCGGUAUUGUGAGCGGACUGUUGGAAGAAGGACCAGUCUGUGUGAAUGGAAAGGUAAUCGGGUGGAGGACUGGGUUUUCUCCUAGGAGAAAGUACCCCAUAGACAUGGCAGCCUUUGCUGUUGGCCUUGACCUUCUCGCUCAGGUGUCAGGUGCCAACUUUAGCCACACGUCAAAGACUGGACACCUGGAGACAGACUUUAUAACUUUGUUUAACGUCUCGUCGCCAGACAUCACCACAGCUCCAGACGGCAACUGCUCCAGGGUUCUGGCGUGGCACACCAAGACAGUACUUCCGGAGGUCGACGGGACGCCUGUGUUCGUUCUCAACAGCGAGCGUCAGGAGGAUCGUGCGGAGAAACUUCAAUGAUCUACUCACAUCACGAUUACUGACUUACUGUUUGCACUUGGUGGACACUUACACACUGUCUCGCUAGUAUUGUCAAGUUGACUACAAAACCGAAAGCUAGAGAACCUGUUGGUAGAACUAAUUGAAGAGACAUUUCUCUCUCUCUCUCUCCAUUAACAUUUUAAUCAAUGGAAAGGCAGUUUAUUUUUUGUCUAGUUUGUUGAAAACAAGCAUAAAAGAUUUUAUAAGAUUUUAUAAAAGGAAAUAAAAAUCCCUUAAAAAUAACGAAUGCCAGAGUGCAUCAUGCAGUACACAGAAUACUAGUGUAUAAAAGAUGGAGCUAAUAGUAAGGUUUGCAUCAGCUGUUCCUGACC